GCAAAGGAAAGUGACGGGAGACCUAAAGCUGAAGAAGAGAAGAACUUCUGAGAACAUUAGUGGGGAAAAAGACCAUUUAAGAAAGUAAAUUAAUGUAGAAGUUUUUGAUGGGUCUCUAAAGUCCUCAAGUGGUCCUAACAUGAACCUCUCUCAGCGACUCUCCUCCACCUUUCAAGUCCAGAGACCAACAUCUUCUGACCUCCAUCUUCUCAAUGAAAACCAACCUCUCCAGAAUUUUCAACUGUUAAGUCAAGUGCAGCUCACCAGUGCUCAAAACCUUGGUUUGGAUGGACUAAAUGAUCUGUUCCAAGAAUCAAUUAUUAACCUUGGAGGAAAGGAGAAUAUACUGCUAGUGGGGGAGUCUGGAUACUGUCCAGAGGAUCAUGGUGGCAGUAGUAAGUUGCUUGAAGAAUUGUCUUCUGCUCUCUUUCAGUCACCCAAAAAGGCCAAGGUUUGGAAACCUGACAACAACACAACUGAUGGACCUCACACUUCUCUGACUUGUAUCUCCUCAAAGGCUGUAUCGAAGUCGAGGAUGCUGGAAUUUCCCAUCGUUUUGGCAGUGUUUCGAGAACAACUUAUAAUGGACUCUAAGAACUUGAUUAAAGAGAUCCUGAAAGAUAUCUGUUUGAGAACAAAAGAGUUUAGGUCUGCCAUUGUGGGUAUUGUCUAUUCUUGGGAAACUUUAAACGACGGCAAAAAGAUCAAGUCCAAGGAACAGCUGAGAAACUUGAUGAGUCAGAUCUUCAAAGACCAGCCAUGGGGAGUCUGCUGCUACAACAGUUCUGAACCAAAGUCUAUCCUGGAGGUAAAGCAGAUGAUCACCAAAACCAUUGGUGUGACAACAGGUGGAUAUCAGUCUGUAGAAGAUGACAGCAUGCAGCUGGAAAGAUCGUUUGAAGAACUGGUUGGCCAGUUGGGAGGCAAAGAGAGAUUUCUCCUCCUUGGGAAUAUCUGUCCAUCCCCUCGCAACUCUGAAAAGACUUGGGUUUUCAGAGAGAUUACUAAAGCCCUCUUUGAUGAUGACCACUGUAAAAUGGACACCCAAGAAGAAGAGGAUCAAGCGGAGACACUGGAAAGACAAAAGAAGUCAACCAAAGCGUGUAUACAGCUCCCCAAACCAAGAUCCUUCCCUUACCCACUUAUCUUGGUGGUGUUUCGCUCAGCGUUCCUCGAGGAGGAGGAUAACAUGGCUCAGGUCAAAGAGAUACUUGCUGACAUCAAAAUAAGAGUUACAAUGAAUUCUACCCAAGUCAUCGGGGUGGUCUGUAGUGACAAGACUUUGCAGAAAACUAAGGAGCAGAGGUACCAGAUCCUGCUUCAGAAGAUCUUACAUCAGACAUUCAGUUGUCCAACUGGGGUGUGCAGCUUUGUGAGGACAAAUCUAGAAUCUGUGGAGGUGGUGAAGAGAUGUGUGUGCAAUGUCUUAAAAAUGUCUUGAAAGACCACUGUAGAUAAGCCUGAUGUUCUUUAUACAACGACUUCUCUCCAAAUGAUAAGCUUCAUAAUAAAACCACAAAAAAUUGGUCUAGGCAAA